CCGUAUCUUCUUUCUCUGUACCGUUCUCUAACUGAUAACCGCUGUUACCUCCUUCCGGUGCUACAGAACCGGCGUGUUUGAGAGGAAUCUCGACUGUCAUUUGCAAAGGAAAUGGCGACCGGCGUCAGAUUGGAUCUGGACGGGAGGCCGAUUAAGCCGAUGACGAUAUGUAUGAUUGGAGCGGGGGGAUUCAUAGGGUCACACCUGUGCGAGAAGCUCAUGGCGGAGACGCCGCACAAGGUGCUUGCCUUGGAUGUCUACAAUGACAAGAUCAAGCACCUCCUCGAACCGGAUUCCCUUCCCUGGGCCGACCGCAUCCAGUUCCACCGACUCAACAUCAAGAAUGACUCCAGGCUCGAAGGCCUGAUCAAGAUGGCAGAUCUAACUAUAAAUCUAGCGGCGAUCUGCACUCCAGCGGAUUACAAUACGCGUCCUCUGGACACGAUUUACAGCAAUUUCAUCGAUGCGCUCCCUGUGGUGAAGUACUGUUCAGAGAACAACAAGCGUCUGAUUCACUUCUCCACUUGUGAAGUGUAUGGGAAAACGAUUGGGAGCUUUCUUCCUAAAGAUUCUCCACUGCGUCAGGAUCCUGCCUAUUACGUUCUUACAGAAGAUGCUUCCCCUUGUAUUUUUGGUUCUAUUGAGAAGCAGAGGUGGUCCUAUGCUUGUGCGAAGCAAUUGAUUGAGAGGCUCAUUUAUGCUGAGGGUGCAGAGAAUGGUCUUGAGUUCACCAUUGUUAGACCUUUCAAUUGGAUUGGACCUAGGAUGGACUUCAUUCCUGGUAUUGAUGGUCCAAGUGAGGGUGUCCCACGGGUUCUGGCAUGUUUUAGUAAUAAUCUCCUACGACAUGAGCCACUCAAGCUUGUGGAUGGUGGCCAAUCCCAGAGAACUUUUGUCUACAUAAAGGAUGCUAUUGAAGCUGUUCUUUUAAUGAUUGAAAAUCCAGCUAGAGCCAAUGGGCAGAUUUUCAAUGUUGGCAACCCACACAACGAAGUUACAGUAAAGCAACUUGCUGAAAUGAUGACUGAGGUAUAUGCCAAGGUUAGUGGAGAACCAUCUCUAGAGGUACCAACAAUUGAUGUCAGUUCAAAAGAAUUUUAUGGUGAGGGAUAUGAUGAUAGUGACAAGAGAAUUCCGGACAUGACCAUAAUAAAUAGACAACUUGGCUGGAACCCCAAGACUUCACUUUGGGACUUGCUUGAGUCAACCCUGACAUAUCAGCACAGGACUUAUGCCGAGGCUAUUAAGAAGGCCAUGGCAAAAUCUGUUGCAUCUUAGCUCAAGGGAGACGGUACUUUGGAAUGAGAAAGGAAAGAUGAGAUGAGAUGUGCUUAUAGGCAGAUAUUUCAAUUCUUUUCAAAUAUGUCUUAAAUAUAUCUCUAAUGGUUGACUUGGCGUAUAGGCAAUAAUUUUUUUUUUUUUUUGGGCAUCUGUGUAAGGGAACUAUGCUGUGUUUAGUGUAAUCUUCCUUUGGCUACGGCACGUUGGAGUACUAUACAAAGAAAGCGGUUUUUGAUUCUGCGUGAUGUGGUUUUCUCUUCAUCACUCCAUUUUGUUUUUGUCUAACAUGGGUUGUGUUGUAUUAUUUUGUUUUAUCUUAUCAGGCACAUAUUUCGUAAAUUAU